GACCGAGCGGGACAAGAUGGCGGGUCACGGCCAUGGACACGGCCACUGCGAGGCCGAGGCGGACCACGACCCCGCCGAGAGGGGCAUCGAGUUCGGGCUCUACAGGAAGAUCGACCACCAGCGGCUGCAGUGUCUGAACGAGGCGCGGGAGGGCUCCGGGCGGCUGGUCUUCAAGCCCUGGGAGGAGAGACAGGACAGGAGCCAGUUUGUAGAAAGCGAUGACGAUGAGGAACUGCUAUUUAAUAUUCCUUUCACAGGGCAUGUGAAGCUCAAGGGAAUAAUCCUAAUGGGAGAAGAUGAUAACACUCAUCCAUCAGAAAUGAGACUGUAUAAGAAUAUCCCACAUAUGUCAUUUGAUGACACGGGCAGAGAACCUGACCAAGUGUUUCAGCUGAACCGGGAUGUCACAGGGGAGCUGGAAUACACCACAAAGAUUGCCCGUUUCUGUAAUGUGCACCAUCUUUCCAUUCACAUCUCAAAGAAUUUUGGAGCAGAGAUUUCGAAAAUCUAUUACAUUGGAUUGAGAGGGGAAUGGUCAGAGGCCCACAGGCAUGAAGUAACGCUCUGCACAUAUGAAGCUUCUGCCAAUCCAACAGACCACAAAAUGGAUCGCAUUACCUCCCAGACACACUUCAUUUCAUAAGGCCUGGCAGCUGAUGCUGUAGCCUACAGUACAAGGAGAGACUGCGCUCCUAGAGAGAAAGUACGGAUGGACAGUAAAUUUUCAUUGAGGUGCAAUGGUACAUUAUAAUAUUUAGCUCCUUCUCAAAUACAAAGCCAUGAAUAGAGCCACGGAGAAGAGUUCAAAAACUCUUGGUCUUCAAUGAUCUUACUAGAACUGUUUAUCCUGUUUAUCCUGUGUAAGCUGUUCAGUUAUGUUUUUUCCCCUUUUCCAUCCAAACUGAUUCUCCCCUACACCAUUGCUCAUCAGCUGAGAGUACUGUGCUCAGGGUGACCUUGUGUUUAGAUAAUUAAGAAUAGAUUGACCUGACUGGCUGACUUUAGUAUUUAAUUAACUUGUACACAGAGGUGAGGGUUAGGUUGAGAAUCAAAACCACAAUUUCCUGCUGGAUAAAAGAUCUGUGGUUAUCAAAACCUCACUGGGGAGGGGUUUUCAUUUUUUUCUAUAUAAGAAACAAAUGGAAUUGAAGAACUGUAAUAUGAUGCUUUCAAUGAAUGAGUUUUGUAUGAAAGUGGAUUAGCUCUGAUGGUUAUUGUGACCCAGAUCAUCCUAGUCUUCUAUGUAAAGAGUGGAAACAGUGGAAAUAGAGAAGGGAAUGAAAUAGAAGUUUAAAAAUAUAUUUUACAGAAGAAGGAGCUAACCGGAUAUGUCUCUGACAUCAAGGCUGAUAGUUUUGGUCUCAGCUGCUGAAACUUGCUGUGUGAGUGUGUGGGUAGGAACCAAACACACAGCAUCAUCCAGUGUGACAAAUCUUAAGUAUAACACUGCCAAUGCAUUCAGAUGUCCUUUGAGCCCAAUGAAUGGCUGUACAGUAUAGAAUUGGUGUUGGGAUAUGAACUUAUUAUUCUAACUCAACUCUGAUGUGUACUUUGCUGGAAUUUUGUGUUUGAAGUGUCCUUUCCAUUAUAUUUUCUGGAUUUUGAAUUUGCCAAGAUGAUUGUGGAGAGUGUAACCAUGGAUUUGGGAAAAGAAGAAAAAAAAUAAAAUAUGGCUGACAUUAGAUUA